AAAGACUACGGAGAGAGAAAGCGAGGAGAGAGAAACGAGAGUUUUUCUUCAGUUCGUUUAAUAUCAGUCCAAUUGAGAAAAUUCGUUCUCCAUCUUCUUCUUCCUCGUCUCUCUCUCUCUCUGUUCAUCAGCCACAACCAGAAAAACAAGAGGAGAGAGAAAAACAAAAACACUCACAAACAGAAAUCCUCCAUAUAUAUAUAUAUAUACCUAUGGAGGUGAUUUGAUGGAUCUACAGAUCUAACUCGCUUUCAUAAUCAAAUGGAUUGCUUUAUGUCUUUCUGAUCUCCGGCCUUCCCCUUUGUGUGGUUCAAUAACUGACCAGAAACCAUAACAGAAAGGCCUAAUCAUAUUUUCUGUCUUUGGUCUGUAAGGAAAGAGGCUGGUGGGAGGAUUUUAGUUGGAGUGCUCCUUGCAUCCAUUUUGGAUGUUGAGAAAUUGAAGGUAAUCCGGGGUGAGAUGAGGGAUGUUAUCAAGGUUGAUAAAUUAUUUGAAGGCCUGUUGGUGUCAGUCAUCGGAGCGAUACGUGCACUCUGGUUCAGACACUGCCGGCCGGCAAGAUGGGCUUCUUUGGUAUAAGGACAGUGGACAGCACUUGCUUGGUGAAUUCUCGAUGGCUGUUGUCCAGGCUAACAAUUUGCUCGAGGAUCAAAGCCAGGUUGAGUCUGGUUCCUUGAGCUUGCUUGAUUCUGGCCCAUAUGGAACCUUUGUUGGUGUAUACGAUGGUCAUGGUGGGCCUGAGACUUCCCGCUACAUCAAUAACCAUCUUUUUCAGCAUCUCAAGAGAUUCACCUCAGAGCAAGAGGCUAUGUCAGUGGAUGUGAUUCGAAAAGCAUUUCAAGCAACAGAAGAGGGAUUUCUAUCUAUUGUUACUAAACAGUGGCCAAUGAACCCCCAGAUGGCUGCUGUUGGUUCUUGUUGCCUAGUUGGUGUGAUCUGUGGAGGGACCCUUUACAUCGCCAAUCUUGGUGAUUCCCGUGCUGUUUUGGGGAGACUUGUCAAGGCAACUGGGGAGGUCCUUGCGAUACAGUUGUCAACAGAGCAUAAUGUGAGCAUAGAGUCUGUCAGACAGGAGUUGCAUUCUUUGCAUCCGGAUGACUCGCAGAUAGUAGUCUUAAAGCAUAAUGUAUGGCGUGUAAGGGGCCUGAUACAGAUUUCUAGAUCCAUUGGUGAUGUGUACCUUAAAAAACCUGAAUUCAACAGAGAGCCUUUGUAUGCAAAGUUUCGCCUUCGUGAACCAUUUACAAGGCCCAUCUUGAGCGCUGAACCAUCCAUUUCUGUGCAUGAAGUCCAGCCACAUGAUCAGUUCCUCAUAUUUGCUUCUGAUGGCCUUUGGGAGCAUCUUAGCAAUCAGGAAGCUGUUGAUAUUGUACAGAAUCACCCUCACAAUGGAAGUGCUCGGAGACUUGUCAAAGCUGCCUUGCAGGAAGCAGCAAAGAAGAGAGAGAUGAGGUACUCUGAUCUGAAGAAGAUUGAUCGUGGGGUUAGGCGCCAUUUUCAUGACGACAUCACAGUCAUAGUUGUAUUUCUAGAUUCCUGGCUUGUGAGUAGAGCCAGCUCACUGAAAGGGCCGACUUUGUCCAUUAGAGGGGGUGGUGUGAACCUCCCUGCAAAAACUUUAGCUCCUUGCCCUACAGCCACUUGAGUUCUUCCUCUAUUGUAUCCUUUGCAGUUUUCUUCUUGGAACUUCUUGUGACACUGGUGGUGAUUCAAGAGAGAGGAUGGAAGGUGCGCCCUAAUUAAUUCUUUUGAUGUACAAUGUAAAAUUUAACUCGGAGCCAAAAGGAGGAAAAAAAAACUGAAAACAUGAGGGAAGGGAGCUUUAAAGUGUAUGUAGAGAUUGUUUCUUGAGGACAAUCUUUUCUAGUUGGCUAUUUUCCCUUCCUUUUCCCUCCUUUUGGAGUUUGUUGUUUUAUAAAUGGUGUAAUACUUGAUCCCUGAAAUCAGAAUUUUCUCUCCCUCUUGUUGCUCUC